AUGGGUCGUCCCAAGCGCAACAUCCUGGCAGCAGCCACCGAGUCCACCACCCCUCCCGAUGAGCUUACCGAGCACCAAUUUGUCGCGCGCGUCGGGAAGCCCGAGGGCAACAACACGUACACGUGCAUCCUGCCCAACACCAAGACCGCCCUCGUCGAGCUCGCGCAGCGGUUCCGCAACACGAUAUGGAUCAAGAGAGGGGGCUAUGUCGUGGUCGACCUGACGCCGAGCGAGGAGCGCAGCAAGACCAACAACAAAGUCGCGGGGGAGAUCAUCAACGUGGUCCGAGACGAGAAGGAGUGGCGCAAGAUGCCGUACUGGCCCAGAGAAUUCCCAAAGAACACUUACCCUGACGAGGAGGACGACUCGAGAGGUCUCCCACCAACAGACUCCGCAGACGAGGACUGA